GAAUCUCAGACUGGUGCUUAUCGCAAGUUAAGAGCGUUAGUGAUCACUGGAUUGCGAUACAGAGCGGACGUCGCAUUGAUGGCUACGUCUGAUUUUGUGCUGGGCGGCGUGGCUGCCAUGGGAGCUGGUUUCUUUACCAAUCCCGUGGAGGUGAUCAAAACUCGCAUCCAGCUGCAGGGAGAGCUGGCUGCCCGAGGAUCUCACGCUCAGCCCUAUAAGAGUGUCUUUCAGGCCUUUGUAACAGUGGCCAGAAAUGAUGGAAUUCUCGGUUUGCAGAAGGGAUUGGCUCCAGCUUUAUGCUUCCAGUUUGUCAUAAACUCCUUCCGAUUGAGCAUUUACACCCAUGCGGUGGAUAAGGGUUGGGUGCACAAUAAGAAGGGCGAAAUCUCGUUUGCCAAGGGCAUGUUUUGGGGCGCCUUGGGGGGCGUUGUGGGCUCCUAUUGCGCCAGUCCCUUCUUCCUGAUCAAGACGCAACUCCAGGCACAGGCUGCCAAGCAGAUCGCCGUUGGUUAUCAGCAUCAGCAUGCCUCGAUGAGCGAUGCGAUAAGGCAGAUAUACCGGAAGAACGGCGUCUUUGGACUCUGGAGGGGAUCCAUGGCCAAUGUGAGCCGGGCUACGGUGGCGUCAGCCGUUCAAAUCGCCACCUUUGGCCAGGCCAAGUCCCUCUUGAAGGAGAGCGGCUGGGUUACCCAUCCCACGAUCCUGUCGUUCUGCUCUGGCUUAUCUGCUGGAUCCUUUGUGUCGGUGGCAAUCACACCACUGGAUGUGAUCACCACCCGUCUGUAUAAUCAGGGAGUGGAUGCUCAAGGUCGUGGGCUCUACUACAAGGGCUGGCUGGACUGCGUGCUCAAGAUUCUGCGAUCGGAGGGGGUGUAUGGGUUGUACAAGGGCUUCUUUCCGAUUUAUCUGAGGAGUGCUCCAUACUCCACUCUGGUGCUUUCGUUCUUUGACGAGCUGAUUGCCCUGCGGGAAAGGUACGACCUUCACUACUGAUCAAUUAGCUCUUCGGAAGAAGAAGGCGCAUGAAAUCAUAAAAUGCCAAACCAAUUAGACAAUUUUUUUAAGAAGAAAACAUAUAUAAUUGAGUAUGUAUUUAUUUAUCGUAAUUUAAAACUAAACAAGGAGGUGAGUAAACAAUUUAAAAUAUUUCUAUUAAAAUCUAAACCAAUAUGUAA